AUGAACCGUUUCACCAUUGAUCACCUCAUCUCCAAAAGAGCUAGUAAAAGAGAAAGUUCUCAUUUCACAAGUGGCCCACAAGAAACACCACCAGUAGGGUUUAAACCACAUCCCGACCCGUUACUUUUAUCCUAUGGAGCUCCAAACAAUGGGUUUUUCCCAAUUGAGUCAUCAAAAGUAAACCUUGUUGAUUAUCCUUUCCAGCACCAAGAUAAGCUCGAACGCGACUACUUUGAGGAAAAUACUCAUCUGGUGAAUAUCACUAGGUAUACAACUAACCCAGAUUUGAUUGAUUUAUCCACGGGUCUUCAAUACGCAGCAGUAGAAGGCCAUAAACCUCUACUUCAAUUCACAAAGGAUUUCAUCAAAAGAACUCAUAAUCCCAACUACAACCAAUGGGAAUCUAUACUAACCACAGGAGCAUCUGAUGGGCUAAACAAGGCUUGUGAUGCAAUUUUGGAUGUGGGCGAUGUGAUCUUAAUUGAAGAGUUUACUUUUACCCCAUUUUUAAGAUUUGUCAAUAAUGCAGGUGCUACACCAAUUCCUAUUCCGAUUGAUUUCAGUCCUGAGUCAAACGGUAUCAACUUGAACUAUUUAACAGAAAUGUUGGGCAAUUGGCUGAACAAGUACCCCGAUUUACCCAAGCCAAAGGCAUUGUAUACUAUAGCUACGGGCCAAAACCCCACGGGAUUAACUCAAACUUUCCAAUUUAGAAAACAAGUUUAUAAACUAGCUGAAUUACACGAUUUUAUAAUUAUAGAAGAUGAUCCAUAUGGAUAUUUGACCUUGCCUAGAUAUGGAACAACAACAACAACAACAACAACAACAGCAGCAGCAGCAGCAGCAGCAGCAGCCCCCAAGGAAGUUACCGUUGACGAGUACCUCAAAUCCCAUUUAACUCCAUCCUUUUUGGAAAUUGAUACAAGGGGAAGAGUUAUUCGAGUAGAAACGUUUUCCAAACUAUUUGCGCCAGGUCUCAGAUUAGGCUUCAUUAUUGCACAUGAAUCAAUCAUCAAAGUCAUUAAGAACUAUUCUGAGACUGUGAAUCGCGGUGCUUCAGGGCUUUCACAAUUAGUAGUGAAUAACGUAAUCCACGACAAGUUUGGUGGUGUAGACGGCUGGAUCGGAUGGAUUCUCAAAAUGAGACAAACUUAUCUGCAAAGAAAAGAUCUUUUGCUAAAGACUAUCUUUGAAUCGAAAGCAUAUCAACAAGGGCUAGUCGAUGUGAUUGACCCACAGGCAGGGAUGUUUGUUACUUUCAAAAUCAAAUUCCUCGACGGAAGGAAUCAAGAGGAAAUUACAACAAAGAUGAAACAAUUAUUGUGGAAAACUAUAAGUUAUGGAGUCCGUGUCGUCUCCGGUUCUAACAUGAGUGUUGAUGCAAACUUCAGCUCUGAAAGAUCAAACUUUUUUAGGCUAUGCUACGCACCAGCUAACAAUGAUAAAGAGAUCAUUGAAAGCGGCAAGAGAUUAACCAAUGCAGUUUUGGAAUUCUAUAACAAUGGUGAAAAAUAUUGA